GUCCGAUCCGUUAUUUCCACGUCCCGGGCCAUCUCCGGUGAGGUCAUCGUAAAGGUGGGCGUCAGUACGUGGGCGGGGCCACCGCAGCUCCGGCCCAAGGCUGAGACUUACAUGAGAGGGAGUGAAAGUUCAGAGAGGAGCAAGGAGAAGAAGCAGCAGCUGAGUUUGGGCUUCGGUCUGUCUGAUACCGCAGCCUGCAGGAGCGCACAGCCUCUGGAGGCAGGGACAGUCCACAGCUGCGACCACCAAACUCCAACCAAAAUGCUGGCCACCCAGUGUCUGCCCUGCUGCACUGUCAUUCUGUCAGUGCUAUUAGAGCUGGCUCUUUCCCAGUACGAGCACCUCGGCUACCCGCCGGGGUACCCGGACCCGGAACAGGAACAGUACACUGCCCCACAGCUGGCAGCAGACACGCCCAGGAUUCAGCUCCGACUGGCGGGAGAUAAGAGGAAACACAACGAGGGCCGCGUGGAGGUUUUCUACAAUGGCGAAUGGGGCACCGUCUGUGAUGAUGACUUCACUAUCCACGCCGCUCAGGUGGUGUGCAGAGAGCUGGGCUACCUGGAAGCUGUCUCAUGGUCACCAUCCUCCAAAUAUGGGAAAGGAGAAGGACCCAUCUGGUUUGACAAUCUCCACUGCACUGGCAAAGAAAAGACUUUGGCGCUGUGUCCCUCCAAUGGGAUCGGUGUUUCAGACUGCAAACACAGUGAAGACGUAGGCGUGGUGUGCAGCGACAAGAGGAUCCCAGGAUUCAAAUUUAUCAACACGCUGCCCAACCAUAUUGAGAACCUUGAUAUUCAAGUGGAGGAUGUGCGCAUACGAGCUAUCCUGUCAUCGUAUCGUAAGCGGAUCCCUGUAACAGAGGGCUACGUGGAGGUCAAGGAUGGUGGUAAAUGGAAGCAGAUCUGCAACGCAGAGUGGACACAGCUUAACAGCAGAGUCAUCUGUGGCAUGUUUGGCUUCCCUGGGGAGAGGAAGUACAAUGCCAGAGUCUACAAGAUGUUUGCUCGCAGGAGAAAGCCCUCAUACUGGGACUACUCUGUGAACUGCACUGGCAAUGAAGCCCAUUUAUCCAGCUGUAAACUGGGGCAGGCUACAACACUGAAGCCCAAUGAGACCUGUGCCGGAGGGCUGCCUGUGGUAGUGAGCUGUGUGCCCGGAAAAGCCUUUGCACCGACACCCAUGACGGGAUUCAGGAAGGCCUUCCGACAUGAGCAACCGUUGGUUCGUCUUCGUGGUGGGGCCAUCGUAGGCGAGGGCAGAGUGGAGGUGUUGAAAAACGGGGAGUGGGGCACCAUAUGUGAUGACAACUGGAGCCUGCUGUCUGCCACCGUGGUGUGUCGAGAGCUGGGCUUCGGUACGGCCAAAGAAGCCCUGUCUGGAGGUCGCCUGGGGCAAGGUAUGGGCCCGGUGCAUAUGAAUGAGGUGGAGUGCUCUGGAUUUGAGAAGUCCAUCACAGAGUGCUUCUUCAACAAGGAGGCUCUUGGUUGCAGCCAUGAGGAGGAUGCAGCCGUCAGAUGUAACGUUCCCGCUAUGGGCUUCCAGGAGUCGCUUCGUCUGAGCGGAGGUCGUAACCCCUACGAGGGCCGUGUGGAGGUGCUGAUGGAGAGGAACGGUUCUCUGGUGUGGGGGACGGUGUGCAGUGAAGGCUGGGGGACCAUGGAGGCCAUGGUGGUGUGCAGACAGCUGGGCCUGGGCUUCGCUAGCAAUGCUUUCCAGGAGACGUGGUAUUGGCCGGGAGAGGUGAGCGCAGACAAUGUUGUGAUGAGUGGCGUCCGCUGCUCUGGCACUGAGAUGUCUCUGUCCCACUGCCUGCACCACGGAACCCACCUCAGCUGCCCCAAAGGAGGUGGACGCAACGCCGCAGGAGUCUCCUGCUCUGAGACGGCUCCUGACCUGGUGUUGAACCCUCAGGUGGUGGAGCAGACCACCUACAUGGAGGACAGGCCCAUGUUCAUGCUGCAGUGUGCGUACGAGGAGAACUGUCUGUCCUCCAACUCCGGCGAGGUGCCGGCCAACUCUUACCGCCGCCUGCUGCGCUUCUCCUCCCAGAUCCACAACAACGGCCAGUCGGACUUCCGGCCCAAAGCUAGCAGACACUCCUGGGUGUGGCACGACUGUCACAGGCAUUAUCACAGCAUGGAGGUGUUCACGCUCUAUGACAUGUUCAGCCUCAAUGGAACCAAAGUGGCGGAAGGACACAAAGCAAGUUUCUGCCUGGAGGACUCAGAGUGUGAUGAAGGUAUUGAAAAGAGGUAUGAAUGUGCUAACUUCGGAGAGCAGGGCAUCACUGUGGGCUGCUGGGAUACCUACAGGCACGACAUCGACUGCCAGUGGGUCGACAUAACUGAUCUCAAACCUGGAGACUACAUUUUCCAGAUAAUAAUUAAUCCAAACUAUGAAGUACCUGAGUCAGACUACUCCAAUAACAUCAUGAAAUGCAGAUGUCGAUACGAUGGCCAUCGUGUGUGGAUGUACAGCUGCCAUAAUGGUGGCUCAUUAAGCACUGAAACAGAACAGACGUUCCCAGGCCUCCUCAACAACCAGGUGACCCACAGGUAAAGACAAAGCAGAGGAGAGGAGUCGACUGCCUGUCUCCCCCCCACCUCCCCCCACCCGGCAGGGAGGCCACCUGAAGCCCGCUGAACCACUACACCUCUCCGUCUAUGGUGGAGUGCUCCUGCCAGCCCUGCCCCGGUCAAACCAUCUUUUUUAUGUUCUCCCUCACCCGGGAGGCAGCAGCUUUCUUUGACCCUGCACCCCCCACCCCCCUUUUGACCCCCUCAGCAGAAAGAAUAUUUUAUUCCCCCUUCUGUCCAAGCUACAGCCUCACCAACCCUUCCAACCUCACUGGUUAAAAAAGAGAGCGGCAAAGCUCUCCGUGUGCCCUGUGACUUUUUCUCUUUUGAAUGAGUGAUGAAAUAAACCUGCUGGGAAGAGGCAGGUAUUUUACACCAGGUGCAGCGUCGGAGAACGUGAUAAAGAAUGUGUCCUGUUUGAAGUGCAGCACUUUAACAGAACCCUGCUGCAACACUUUGUUCAAAGCUCACCCUGCUGGAGAGUUGGGAUGUCAGUGCCAGGUCCCCUGAGGACUGAGAGGAGCCAUCAAUAACAGCAGCAGCCGUCUGUUUGGAAAGAAAUGCACUUUUCUUCCACAUUUUAAAGAGUUUUCAUGAAGUGGCUUUCACACACUGAAGGCCACAUACCCUGAGGUUAUAUUACUGAGGCAAACAGAGCGUUUCUUUUGCAUUACUGGUUAUUUAGGAUGAAGUUACCUUACCUAAGGAGCUAUGAGCAAGUCAAUGACAAGUGCUAAUUGCCUGAUUCAGCUAGAAAGACCAACCCACCUAGUGCCUUAAAGUGCCCCAAUACCUUGUUUUUUUAAAAUAACUGGAGAAUAUGUUCUCUGAAAUCACUCUGGAAACACAUACAUGGACAAGACUGUCUGAGUCACAUUUCAAAGAGGUUUUGGACUACAAUUCUUGUGGGCAUUGGUGUUAGGCAACCUCAGUUUGUCCAGAAAUAUUAUUUGAGCAGAACUCUGCUCACAGAUUUGCUUGUAAUUUACAUUACAGUAUGCAUUAUUUACACUUUCCAGUUAGCGAAAAGCAAAUGGAAGCGAUUGAACAGCUUUUUCAAACUGACUGAGUUCAGCUUCAGCUCCCAGACAUCAUCCUAUUGUUCUGAUAUAUUCUCUCUUUCCUCUUUCUGAUAUGUAGCAAUAUUUUGCUUUUGAAACUAACAUGGGACCUCAUAUUUCUCUCCUCCUCGUUCAGUGCCUUUUUACUAAACGCCCUCAUUCACCAUCUUUAAAGAGCAAUUAAACCACCUAAAAAAUCUUGUUUUUGCUGCCCUAUGGUGGUGUAAUUUCUCAUCUUGCUGCAGUGAUGAAGUGUGCUUCAGGGUGUGUCAGUACACUGUGACAUACUGUGGCAGUGAAACUCAGCCUUUCUGCCUGGUAUCAGGUUACUGCUGAAUUGUAAUCCUUUGAAUCAGCCCAGUAUUUGUUUGUUUGAGGUUCCAUCAGAGAUUGCCUAAUGUCCCAAUGAACUGCUCAAUGUCAUGCUGAAACGACACUGUGCAUGUGGCAAAUAUUUUCCAACUGACAUUAAACUGCAUAUUCUACAGCCUACAGAUCCACUGUGUAAAUCACAUGUCCUGUGAUUUCUUAGGAGAACCAAACGCCCUGUCUGUGCUAUAUAUUCUAGGCCUGGUUACACAGCAUUUAUAAUGGCGGCUGUGAUUAGUGGAUUUGUUCGAGGGGGCAAAGUAAAUAUGCAUGAAUGUUUCCUGUCCCGUUCAACUCUGCUUAGUUUGAUCCUCAAGUACAACUAUAUAUGAAAUUGAUGACACUUUGUGUUGUGAGCAGACAUCUCUGUUCUAUCGCUGAAACACUCUAACAAAUGAGCUUGUAAGCCAACGUUAGCAGAGCUAGUUUGUUUCAUGUGUGUCCAGCUCAGCUGUCAAUCAAACAUGCACACUGACACAAACACUCACAGGCUCCAAGGCUGGAAAACAUUUUUGAUUCUUUUUUCUGAUGAAUAAUAAAAAUACUAAUGAUUAAUUUAAACCUCAUAUCUGAUACUGAAGUCAAGGACGGCCAGUGGCACUGCGGGCUCUACAGGAGGAUCACAGGACUGCUAUCACAGCACUGCUUUAUACCCAGGAAACAGAAGAGCUGAUUUCCAUCCCGUUGUGGCACAGAUAGCAUCUUCUCAUAACCAAGAGAGCACAUGGAAAAGCAUUUCUCCCUGUUCAGGCAGUCAGAGUAGCAGAUAUGCUAUUUUUCUACUCUUUACAUUUUCAAAAGACAACCACGAGUACCUAACUGAAGUUAGUCUUUUUACAGUUUUAUUACUAUUUUAAAAUUACGUUUUCGUACAAUAAUGUGUGUGUGAAUCCUGUUUUAUUGUACUUUUAUAAUGGUGCUAUCAAACUGGUCCUCUGUUUUCUGAGGGUACAGUACAUGUUGAACAGCUACAUUAUGUAUACCAACAGUAUACUUGAACUGAGCGUAAGAAACAAUGUGCUUUGUGUGUUAAGCUAUAAUAAAGGUCUGAGUUAUGGAGCAACCAAA